AUGCAUAAAAGAUCUCACACAUGUGAGAAUCUGUAUUCCUGUCCUGAAUGCGGGAAAUGUUUUGUAGAAAUGUCAGAUCUUGUCAUACAUCAGAGAUCUCACACGGGGGAGAAGCCAUAUUCCUGUCCUGAGUGUUGGAAAUCUUUUUCAGUGAAGUCUAAUCUUUAUAAACAUCAGAGAUUGCACACUGGGGAGAAGCCAUUUUCCUGUCCUGAGGAGAAGCCAUAUCCCUGUCCUGAGUGCGGGAAAUGUUUUUCAGACAAUUCCCAUCUUUACAGACAUCAGAGGCUGCACACGGGGGAGAAGCCGCAUUUCUGUCCUGAGUGUGGUAAAUCUUUUUCAGUGAAGUCACAUCUUUAUACACAUCAAAUUUCUCACACGGGGGAGAAGGCAUAUUCUUGUCCUGAGUGUGGGAAAAGUUUUUCAGGGAAGUCCCAUCUUGACACACAUCAGAGACUGCACACAGGCGAGAAGCCUUAUUCCUGUUCUGAAUGCGGGAAAUGUUUUUCUGAUAAGUCCAAUCUUUACAAACAUCAGAGAUUGCACAUGGGGGAGAAGCCGUAUAUCUGCCCUGAGUGUGGGAAAUGUUUUUCAGUGAAGUCCAAUCUUAAGAGACAUCAGAGAUCUCACACAAGGGAGAAGCCACUUUCCUGUCCUGAGUGA